GAAGAGUCAGGCGGCGCGGGCCCGCGACCAGGCGGGGAGCAGCAGCCUGCGAGGGGGCGAGAGGCUCGUGGCCGUUCCUCGGCGCCAGGGCUCCGCUGCGUUUGCUCGGCGACAUCGUGUCCUGUUGUCCUGGGAGUCGGAGCCCAGGCAGCGUUGCUUGGGUUUUCCUCAGACCAGUUAGGAAUCUGAAGUAAACAAGAAAGUAUGAUGUCUUCAGCGUGGUCUGAAUAUACCAUUGGUGGGGUGAAGAUUAGCUUUCCUUGUAAAGCUUAUCCAUCCCAGCUUGCUAUGAUGAAUUCUAUAGUAAAUGGAUUGAAAACAUUUGCUGGGUUCAUUGAAGAACAGCUAACCUUUGGAAAAAUAUUACUGAUCCCUGCUAAACUGUAUGUGUCCAUGAUUGUCAGAGGAUUAAACAGUAAGCAACAUUGUUUGUUGGAAAGCCCUACAGGAAGUGGGAAAAGCUUAGCCUUACUUUGUUCUGCUUUAGCAUGGCAACAAUCUCUUAGUGGAAAGCCAAUGGAUGAAAGCUUAAGUAAAAAAGCUGAAGUAUCAUUGUCAUGUUGUUGUACAUGCCAUUCAAAGAAUUUUACAAACGAUGACAUGAACCAAGGAACUUCACAUCAUUUCAAUAGUCCAAGUACACCACCUUCUGAAAGAAAUGGCACUUCAUCACCUUGUCAAGACUCGCCUGAAAAAACUACGCUGGCUGCAAAAUUAUCUGCCAAGAAACAGGCAUUCCUAUACAGAGAUGAAAAUGAUGAUUUUCAAGUAGAGAAGAAAAGAAUUCGAUCCUUAGAAACUACACAGCAGAUUAGAAAACGGCAUUGUUUUGAAAAGGAAGUACACCAUUUUGAUACAAAAGUUGCUUCAGGAAAGACCACAAAACUCAACUCUCCAUUAAGAAAGAUAAACUCCUUUUCUCCACAAAAUCCCUCUGGUCACUGUGCUAGGUGCUGUUGUUCUACUAAACAAGGAAACAGUCAAGAUUCUUCAAAUGCCACUAAGAAGGAUCAUGGGGGGAAAUCCAAGAUACCAAAAAUAUAUUUUGGGACACGUACACACAAGCAGAUUGCUCAAAUUACUAGAGAGCUCCGGAGGACAGCGUACUCAAGGGUCCCAAUGACUAUUCUUUCCAGCAGGGAUCAUACUUGUGUUCAUCCUGAAGUAGUAGGUAACUUCAACAGAAAUGAAAAGUGCAUGGAAUUGCUGGAUGGAAAAAAUGGCAAAUCCUGCUAUUUUUAUCAUGGUGUUCAUAAAAUUAGUGGUCAACACACAUUCCAGACUCUCCAAGGGAUGUGCAAGGCCUGGGACAUAGAAGAACUCGUUAGCUUGGGGAAAAAAUUAAAGGCAUGUCCAUAUUACACAGCACGAGAACUAAUAGAAGACGCUGACAUAAUAUUUUGUCCCUACAACUAUCUUCUAGAUGCACAAAUAAGGGAAAGUAUGGAUAUCAAUCUGAAAGAACAGGUUGUCAUUUUAGAUGAAGCUCAUAACAUUGAGGACUGUGCUCGGGAAUCAGCAAGUUAUAGUAUAACGGAAGUUCAGCUUCGGUUUGCUCGAGAUGAACUAGAUAGCAUGGUCAACAAUAACAUAAGGAAGAAAGACCAUGAACCCUUACAAGCUGUGUGCUGCAGUCUCAUUAAUUGGUUAGAAGCAAACUCUGAACAUCUUGUGGAACGGGAUUAUGAAUCAUCCUGUAAAAUAUGGAGUGGAAGUGAAAUGCUCUUAAAUUUCCACAAAAUGGGCAUCACCACUGCUACUUUUCCCAUUUUGCAGGGACAUUUUUCUGCUGUCCUUCAAAAAGAAGAAAAAAUGUUACUGGUUCAUGGUAAAGAGGAGACAAGAGAAGUACCUGUUAUUAGUGCUUCAACUCAAAUAAUGCUCAAAGGACUUUUUAUGGUGCUUGACUAUCUUUUUAGGCAAAAUAGCAGGUUUGCAGAUGAUUAUAAAGUUGCUAUUCAACAGACUUAUUCUUGGAUAAAUCAGACUGAUAUUUCUGAUAAAAAUGGGUUCUUUGUUCCACCAAAAAAUAAGAAACGUUCACGACAGAAAACUGCAGUUCAUGUGCUAAACUUUUGGUGCUUAAAUCCAGCUGUGGCCUUUUCAGAUAUUAAUGGCAAAGUGUGGACGAUUGUUUUGACAUCUGGGACGUUAUCACCAAUGAAAUCCUUUUCAUCAGAACUGGGUGUUACAUUUACUAUCCAACUGGAAGCUAAUCAUGUCAUUAAUAACUCACAGGUUUGGGUUGGCACCAUUGGGUCAGGACCCAAGGGUCGGAAUCUCUGUGCUACCUUCCAGCACACAGAAACAUUUGAGUUCCAGGAUGAAGUGGGAGCACUUCUGUUAUCUGUGUGCCAGAUUGUUGGCCAAGGAAUUUUGUGUUUCUUGCCAUCUUACAAGUUAUUAGAAAAGUUAAAAGAACGUUGGCUCUCUACUGGUUUAUGGCAUAAUCUGGAGUUGGUGAAGACCGUCAUUGUAGAACCACAGGGAGGAGAAAAAACUGAUUUUGAUGAGUUACUACAGGUGUACUAUGAUGCGAUCAAGUGCAAAGGAGAGAAAGAUGGAGCCCUCCUGGUAGCAGUUUGUCGUGGUAAAGUGAGUGAGGGUCUGGAUUUCUCAGAUGACAAUGCCCGUGCUGUCAUAACAAUCGGAAUUCCUUUUCCAAAUGUGAAAGAUCUUCAGGUUGAACUAAAGCGCCAAUAUAAUGACCAGCAUUCAAAAUUGAGAGGUCUUUUACCUGGUCGUCAAUGGUAUGAAAUUCAAGCAUACAGGGCCUUAAAUCAGGCCCUAGGUAGAUGCAUUCGACACAAAAAUGAUUGGGGAGCUCUUAUUUUAGUGGAUGACCGCUUCAGGAGUAACCCAAGUCGAUAUAUAUCUGGACUUUCUAAAUGGGUACGGCAGCAGAUUCAGCACCAUUCAACCUUUGAAAGUGCCCUGGAAUCUUUGGCUGAAUUUUCCAAAAAGCACCAAAAGUUCAUUGAUGUAUCCAAAGAGGACAGAAAGUCCAUACAGGACAGUCAAUCUACACUUGAAGUGGCUUGUUUGAAGGACAAUACCUCACCUUACUUUUUAGAAGCAGCAAAUCAUCUAUUACCAGAAAAUCCUAGGGAAGAUGAUCCAGAAUUAUUGGAAGAGUCUGGCCAGCCAAUGGAAGCAGAAAACAUUGGGAUUUCCAGAUCCACAAGCCCAACCUUCAGCAAACAAACAAAUAGAGUUAGGUGGUCUAGUUCUAAUUCUUUGGGACAGUGUUUUUCUAGUAAAAUUCUGACUACAACACCUAAGUUUAGGUCAUCAGAGGACUGUGCCUCUAGUUCUUCCACUUUCAAAACAGAAAAGGAUUGUGAAACUGUUUUGCCACUCACUGAUAAAUUUGAGUCCUCAUCUCUCACAUCAUUUGAACCAUGCCCUCAGUCAGAAACUGUUAUUUCAUCAAUAAAGAUUGAGGCUGCUCUUCUUAAAAAAGAUCAUUCCGAACAGCUACUCUGCUGUAAAGAAGCUCUGGAUCCAGACCUUGAAUUAUCUCUAGUGAGUGAAGAAGAUAAACUUUCUACUUCAAAUAGAGCUUUUGAAACAGAAGCAGAAGAUGAAUCUAUCUAUUUUACACCUGAACUUUAUGAUCCUGUAGAUACAAAUGAAGAAAAAAAUGAACUAGUUGAAACUGAUAGAGACAAUAGAUUGGCCAAUAAUUCAAAUUGUAUUUUAGCUGAAGAUCUUUUUGAAACUAGGACUACAAAAGUAGUAGAUUCAGUCAGGAAAAUGAAAGUUGAGGAUUGCCCAGACACAAAGUUAAAUAGACUCAUGCAUAUUGAAGAAAGUAAAGUUGAUGAUAUUGGUAAUAAUAUAAAAACAACUCAUAUAAAUGAAUUGGAACUGGGGAAAACUCAUGAAAUGGAUAUAAAGGACUUUAAACAGUCUCCUCCCCAAAAUAAAGGAGUUUUAAAAAAAGUUUUUUCCAAGAAUGCUAUGCUGAUAAAAAUCCAAAGAAUCUUCCUAAAUGUUAAAUUAAGUUGCACAGAAUCCCUUUGCCAUUGCUUAACUGAGUCCGAGUACAGUUCAGAAGAAGAAAAUUCAUUUUAUGUCACCGGGGACAGUGCUGCCCUUAACCAUUUAAAAACCACAUUAGUGGUUUAUCAGACUUCAGUAAAGAAUGAAGGUAAACUUAUUUAAUAGCUAUAUUGCUUUCUUGUCACUUUCUAAACCCCUUAAACGUAAAUAAGGGACCUUUUUAUUUUCAUGUGAAUUCUCAAAUGAAAAGCAAUUUUAAAAAUUGCUCUUUAAAAUAUGUUCCACUGACUUAAGAAUUGCAAAGGAAGAAAAAUAAAACAGAAUCUCAAAUUUUGUUCAAAACAAAGAAAUGUAUAAAUAAGAAAAGUCACAUCAGGACAGAUGAGGCAUUGAUCUAUCUGUGUCUGAUACUGACUCCAAAAAAGAAAAAAAACAAAACCACAAAUCCAGGUCCCAUGCAUGCUUUGGCAGGCUUGACCUGGGUAAAGGAAGGGCAGUAACUCAUGGGAGCAACCUCCAGGGUAGAAGCAACUGGGCUCUACCAGCUAUUCCUAAAAAACAAUGGGCUAGAUGCUUAGAGACAAACAAAUGACCUGUAAACACAAGUGUUUUUACCUUUGCAUAAAUAUGUCUCAGGUUGCCUACUGCCCUUGUACAAUUUCCCAGCUACUUUCAAGUCUGCUCAUCAUGUUCAUUUUUAUUCUACCAAUACCUGUUUCCAAUGUUGGGUAGAAAGGACUAGGCCAAACACUACUAUUCUUUAUCCCAGCCCUACACUCACCUAGAAAUAAGUUUGUCUACUCUUCCUAGAAGCAGUAGGGACAAGGCGAAGCAUAUUACUUCUGUUCCAAAAUGCUGACUUCAGAUAACCCAGAUACCCUAUCAUUUACCAUUUUCAACAUCAGUGGAUUCAUCUAAACCCUUUUCUUCCCAUUUAAAAUCCAAGGGCAACAAGCUCUAUGUAAUAUACAUUCAUUCAAUACUAAAUAUAAAAGACCCUUAAAAAUAAAACUUGGGAUUUCUUUUUGUUGCUACCACCUUAAAGGUGGACCAUUCAGGACAAGUCUAAAUGUUUACUUUGGUUACAAAUGUCUGCAGAAACAUAUGGUCAGAUCAUAUGUUUCUAAUAAUGUUCACGUCAGUACUUUGCAGCUUUGACCAAUUUCAAUAUUUUCUCUGGAAUUGGAAAUUCUUUCUUGUGGGAAUGUACUCAUUUAUCAAAAAAUGAAUAUGUGGUUGUUAAAAUUUCUUGGCUUAGUGCAGUGUGGAAGAUUGUAAGAUAGUUUUGAGAAUUACAACUUUGCAUAGAUUCAUAGUCCUCUUUUACACAAAUUCUUCCCAUUUCAACUGCAUACACUUAAGCUUGAAGUGAAAAGCUAUGUUGUUAAUUUUUUUUCUGUGCUGCCUCCAACAUCUCAUUCUGAGUUUCCACUCCUUUUUUUAGUGACUUCCAGGCACAAAUAAAAUUCAAUCACAAGAGAGGUUGGGGAGUGCAGUGUUUAAGAGAGGUUCUCUCUUGGUCUCUUGUCUCUUCUCUGCCAUAACUGUACACCUUUGUUGUGUAGUACCAUUAAUUCCUACAGAAGGUAGCAAGUGCUCAUUCAACACCUGGAACUCUCAUUUCCUCCAUGAAAACUUGGAGUUUUACUCACUUUAUACCAAAGGCAGUCCAACACAAAAAGAUUGUCCUUGCAUAUUUGAAAUUUGUUCGGUGGAUUGUUCAACUGAAGAAUAUGGAGAAACAUUUUGUCCUGAAACCAAAUAUAUAAUAGUGAUAUCUAUUAUUGUUAUGAAUGUACUGUAAAAGGAAUGCUACUCCUGCAGAUGUAUUACCAUGUGAAAGCUUGAGCAAAAUUACUUUGCUAUUUUAAUUGUGGGAAAUUACAUUCUCAUAGACUUGUAUGAUAAACAAAUUUCUGUUUUAAACUUACUGGUGUUAAAUUUAUGAAAAGUCCCAUUUCACAAUUAAUGUAGAACAAUUUUAUGAUUGUAGAAUAUGGAGAUUUAUAGGGUUCUCAACUAUACAUAGUUUUAUUUGAAAACAAAGAAUUACAUUUUUCUCUUGAAAACAAUUUUGAUUCUGAGGAAGGCACCAAGCCAAAGGGACUGAAGCAUGAGUUUUGGAUUUGGACAUUUUAAAUCCCAGCCUACUGCUUUCUGACUUUAAUUUAUACUCCCUGAAACUGUUUUCUCACCCAUAAAAUGUGGACAAUAAUAAUUACCUCAUAGCAUUGCUGUGAAAAUAAAAUAAUGAA